AUGCACCUCCCAAUCUCCUCCCUUCUCUCCUUCAUCUCCAUCCUGGCCACCCUCGCAUCAGCCGCAGAACUCGGCAUCGAGAAAACCCACACGUUCGAAUGCACCCGCAAGACGACCAGCGGCGACACGAUACAGGUGCACUACAGGGGUACGCUGGCGGCUGACGGAUCGGAGUUUGAUUCUAGUUAUAAGCGGCAUGCGCCAUUGUCGUUUAAGGUGGGGAGUGGGAGGGUUAUUAAGGGAUGGGACCAAGGCCUCCUUGAUAUGUGUGUUGGCGAGAAACGAACUCUCACCAUCCCCCCUGAAUACGGGUAUGGGCAGCGCGGAGUAGGGCCGAUUCCGGGUGGUGCAACGCUGAUUUUUGAAACGGAGUUGGUGGGUAUUGAGGGGGUUUCGAAGGAUGAGUUGUAA